AGUCAUUGCCCCAGUCCGAGCUGGCCAACCCUCUCCACCCGAGACUUGGGCAGCGACCUCGGCAGACUAGCGUCCAUCUGUGCUUCGGAGCCAGCAAGGGAGCUCGGGGGCCCCGGCGGGCCGCGUUCCUCCGGGAUGCGAGCCCCAGUGCAGACGCCCGGCAGGGGCGGGCAGCCGCGAGGCUUUUCCAGGCGCACAGGGUUGCUGCUGUUCUGGGGGGCCCGGCGCCCGGCUGUGGCCAGCCUCGCUGGCCCUUGAGGCCGCUGACCUGGGCGCGCCGCCGCUGGGCUCCCAGAGCUUUAUAUCUGCGGCACUCUACUUAUCCACGGAACCUCCUGAGGUCUUCCCAGGCUCAGACCCAUGGAGCCCGCGGUGCUGGCUCCACACAACCUUGCGCACCACGAGCCAAUCAGCUUCGGCAUCGAUCAGAUUCUGAGCGGCUCCGAACCCCCGGGGGGUGGCCUAGGCCCGGGUCGUACCGGCCAGAGCCACAGCGAGAGUGCGGCAUUCUCGGGUGGAUUCCACGGAGCCUCGGGUUAUGGCCCUGCAGGUUCUCUGGCCCCGCUGCCCAGCAGCUCCGGAGUGGGGCCGGGUGGCGUGAUCCGCGUUCCGGCUCAUCGCCCGCUGCCAGUGCCGCCGCCCGCGGGAGGCGCCCCUGCGGUGCCUGGGCCCUCGGGUUUGGGCGGCGCCGGGAGCCUAGCUGGACUCACCUUUCCAUGGAUGGACAGCGGCCGACGCUUGGCCAAGGAUCGGCUCACCGCAGCGCUGUCGCCCUUCUCUGGGACGCGCCGCAUAGGCCACCCUUACCAAAACCGGACCCCCCCGAAGCGGAAGAAGCCGCGCACGUCCUUUUCCCGCUCGCAGGUGCUGGAGCUGGAACGGCGCUUCCUGCGCCAGAAGUACCUGGCCUCGGCCGAGAGGGCGGCGCUGGCAAAGGCCUUGCGCAUGACCGACGCACAGGUGAAGACCUGGUUCCAGAACCGACGCACCAAGUGGCGGCGCCAGACCGCAGAGGAGCGCGAGGCCGAGAGGCACCGCGCGGGUCGGCUGCUCUUGCACCUGCAGCAGGACGCGCUACCACGGCCGCUGCGGCCGCCCCUGCCGCCGGACCCGCUUUGCCUGCACAACUCGUCACUCUUCGCGCUGCAGAAUCUGCAGCCUUGGGCCGAAGACAACAAAGUGGCUUCUGUGUCUGGGCUUGCCUCGGUAGUGUGAGCUUCGCCUGCUGGAUCCGCCGAGCUC